AGUCGAACAGACGAGUGUAGCGAGUGCAGAGGAAAGGCGAUCCAUCGAGUGGCCGUCGUUCUUUCCCAAGUCACCAGGCAAUACAACACGUAUCUCGGAAACGACCAUGUCGAAGUCAUUGAAUUUGGCGGACGACCAGCGUUUCGCAUUGAUGAAGUUUAGACGUUCGGUCCAAAGCAUCUUGCAGCCGCAUCACGACGAUUACUUUCUACUGCGCUGGCUCCGAGCUAGAAAAUGGGACUCGGUUGCCGCGGAGAAGAUGCUUCGAGACUCAAUGGAAUGGCGGAAACAGUGGGAAGUUGAUAAAUUGUCCGAAUGGGAUCCACCCGAAAUGCUAGAUAAACAUUUGCCCCACGGUUUGAGCGGCUUUGACAAGGAUGGGGCUCCAGUGAUUGUGGUGUAUUUCGAUGCGCUGGACUUGUACGGGAUUCUGCACGUGUUCUCGCGACGGGAGAUGAUAAAGAUCACUAUAAAACACUUGGAGAAAUAUCUGAAAUUGUGUUGGGAGCAGAUGCAGAAGCAUGGUCCCCCAGCCGGGCAAGUGGUCGUGAUCUUCGACAUGCAAGGAUUCAACUUGAGACAAUAUCUCUGGCGACCAGCCGGCGAAGUGGUCAUCACAUUACUCCAAAUGUACGAAGCUAAUUACCCUGAGAUUUUGAAAAUCUGUUACAUCAUCAAUGCUCCGAAAGUAUUCGCAUUCGCGUUUUCGGUGGCGAAGAAGUUUAUGAACGAGUACACUUUGUCGAAGAUUCAGAUAUACAAGGCUGAGCCUGCGAAAUGGCAAGUGGCGAUAUUCAGUAAUGUCGAGAAGGAUCAGGUACCAGCCUACCUUGGGGGUACCCUUAAGGAUCCGGAUGGUAACCCAAAACUUGGAACGAAGAUUCAUUUGGGUGGCAAGGUCCCGAAAGAGAUGUACGUGAACAACGUAGAGAAAGAUAAGCAGAAUGAUUUUACAACGGUGACAAUUCGAAAAGGUGGAAAAUUAGAGCUCAAUAUGGAUGCAUCGGAGAUGGGAUGUUUGCUGAGCUGGGAAUUCCGAACCGAGGAUCAUGACAUUAAAUUUGGUAUCAUAAAGAUAGAAACGAACGGAAGCAAGAAGGAAGUUAUACCCGUGCGGCGAGUAGCUGCCCAUCAAUUGGAUGAAAUUGGAAUCCUCACUUGUGAAGUACCUGCCACUUAUUCAGUCGUUUUCGAUAAUAGUUACAGUCUUUUGAGAAACAAGAAAAUUCAUUAUUCCGUACGAGUUUUACCGCCGUCGGAAUCGCAAGAAAUAACACCAGCUUCAUGA